AUGAAAGUGGAAUUUGUGUUUGUAGGGCUGUUGCUCGCAUACGCUGCCCUUGUGGUACGUUUGAUUUCUAUUUUACCAUUCUUCAAAGGGUACAGUAAUGGUUUUGAUAAUCAAGACGGGUCCUUGAAAGUGUCGCUGUUCGAACAUAAGGCUAAGCGGCCUUUACGAUUAUUUCUAUUUCUAGGAUCCGGAGGUCAUACAGGCGAAAUGCUGAGACUGAUUGAGAAUUACAAGAGAGUUCUACUUGCCAAGGGCAACACCAUAUGCGUCGGAUAUUCGGAUCAAAAAUCAAAAGAGUGCUUUGUCAGGUCAAUAGCUAGCGAAUAUCCCGAUUGUCGAUUUGAGUACUACCAAUUUAAAAAGGCGCGAGAGGUCAAUGCCAGUCUUUUGCAGAGUUUGAUAUCUGUACUGCAGACUUUACUCACUUCAUUAAAGAACGUGAUAAAGAUCUCAAGCGAUUUUCGCCAAGGCCCACACCUUGUGUUAUUGAAUGGACCCGGAACUUGUUGCAUAAUUGCUACUUGGUUUAAGAUGCUCGAAUUUCUCAAUUUUGCACAACCAUGCUCCAAUCUUGUCUAUGUGGAAUCGCUGGCGAGGAUAAACACAUUGAGUUUGACUGGAAAAAUAUUGUACUACAUUGCCGAUGUUUUUAUAGUUCAAUGGCAGGAACUCACCUCACAAAAUCCAAGAGCUAAAUGUUUCGGUAUACUCGUAUGA